UAUGAAACGCGGUACAGUAGUAGGGCACAGGAGGAACACGGAGGGAUUCUCAGGCAGAGACUGCUGGCACGUCCCCGGUACACAUCGCUGAUUUGCACUCCUGCAGGACUGAAGAAAUGAUUCUUUCUCUGGGCUUGACAUAAACAUCACUCCCGGGGAGCCAGCACAAGAAUACGAUGGCCCCAAAUUCCAUCCACUGGUUCCGUAAGGGGCUGCGCCUCCAUGACAAUCCGGCCCUGCAGGAGGCGGUGCGGGGGGCUGGCACCGUGCGCUGCGUUUACUUCCUGGACCCGUGGUUCGCAGGCUCGUCUAACGUCGGGGUCAACAGGUGGAGGUUUCUGCUCCAAUGUUUGGAGGAUUUGGACGCAAGUCUCCGAAAACUCAACUCCCGCCUUUUUGUCAUCCGGGGCCAACCAGCAAACGUUUUCCCGCGCCUCUUCAAGGAGUGGAAGAUUUCCCGGCUGACCUUUGAGUACGACUCGGAGCCGUUCGGGAAGGAGCGGGACGCCGCCAUCAAGAAGCUGGCCAUGGAGGCGGGGGUGGAGGUCAACGUCAAGAUAUCACACACACUCUACGACCUGGACAAGAUCAUCGAGCUGAACGGCGGUCAGCCUCCUCUCACCUACAAGCGUUUCCAGACGCUGAUAAGCCGGCUGGACCCGCCCGAGAUGCCGGUGGAGACGCUGUCGGACGCGCUGAUGGGCGGCUGCGUCACGCCCGUCGCCGAGGACCACGGCGAAAAGUACGGCGUCCCGUCGCUGGAGGAGCUGGGUUUCGACACCGAGGGCCUCCCUUCAGCUGUGUGGCCUGGAGGAGAGACUGAAGCUCUGACUAGGAUAGAGCGCCAUCUGGAGAGAAAAGCGUGGGUGGCGAACUUCGAGCGUCCCCGGAUGAACGCCAACUCGCUGCUGGCCAGCCCCACCGGCCUCAGCCCCUACCUGCGCUUCGGCUGCCUCUCCUGCCGCCUCUUCUACUUCAAACUCACCGACCUCUACCGCAAGGUAAAAAAGAACAGCUCUCCUCCGCUCUCGCUGUACGGACAGCUGCUGUGGCGCGAGUUCUUCUACACCGCGGCUACCAACAACCCGCGCUUCGACAAGAUGGAGGGAAACCCCAUCUGCGUCCGCAUCCCGUGGGACAAGAACCCCGAGGCGCUCGCCAAGUGGGCCGAGGCCAAGACCGGCUUCCCCUGGAUAGACGCCAUCAUGACACAGCUGAGGCAGGAGGGCUGGAUCCAUCACCUGGCCCGGCACGCCGUGGCCUGCUUCCUCACCAGAGGAGACCUGUGGAUCAGCUGGGAGGAAGGCAUGAAGGUUUUCGAGGAGCUGCUUCUGGACGCAGACUGGAGUGUGAACGCAGGCAGCUGGAUGUGGCUGUCCUGCAGUUCAUUCUUUCAGCAGUUUUUCCACUGCUACUGCCCCGUGGGCUUCGGCCGGCGCACCGACCCCAACGGGGACUUCAUCAGGCGAUACUUACCUGUCCUCCGAGGUUUCCCCGCCAAGUUCAUCUACGACCCCUGGAACGCCCCCGAGUCCGUUCAGGCGGCAGCCAAGUGCAUCAUCGGAGUCCAUUACCCGAAACCCAUGGUGCACCACGCGGAGGCCAGCCGGCUCAACAUCGAGAGGAUGAAGCAGCUCUACCAGCAGCUGAGCCGAUACAGAGGCCUGGGUCUGUUAGCUUCUGUCCCGUCCACAAACGGGAACGGAAACGGAGGAAUGAUGGCCUACUCUCCUGGAGAGCAGCAGUCAGGGACCAACAACAACAACUCACAUUUGCCUGGAGUGUCAGGAAGCUCGGUGGCCACAGGGAACGGCAGCGGGAGCAUUUUAUUUAACUUUGACAAUGAAGAACAGACGGGGCCCAGCAGCGUUGGACAGCAGCAACAGCAGCGACUUCACACACUGCCACAGAACCAACAUCAGCAGCAACAUGCAGGAUACCACUCAGUGCCAGACGCCAGCCAGAACAUCACCAGCAGUCGACUCUAUCACGAGUUUGCUGUGCCUCAACACCCAGGCCUCCUGCUGCACACCAGGGGCAGCGGCAUCACCGGAAAGCGAGAGCGCGAGUCAGAACGGGAAGAGGAGCCGGCGUGCUGCUCUGUCAACAAAAUGCAGAGACAGAGUGCAGAGACAUCUUAGGCCUGGUGGAGACGAGACGGCUUGAAAACACGUUAGCAUCGCCGUCCGGUUGGAUGUUUGAGGAACCGUCGCCUCCUGAGCUCCAUCCGGACACGACGACCUGCCUGUCGAUCUCAACGCACCAAAUCUGUGUGUCUUUGUUUUGUUUUUCAGAGCUCCCAGAGGUAUAAACACAAAGGUGAAAAUGGGAUGAUUUGUUUAAUCCAACGACAAAAUUUGAUUUUUGGUUGUUUUUUUUUUUUAAAAAGGAAAUUGGUUCUUUCAGGUGGGACAGCAU